CCGGAAGUGAUGUUGGUGCUUCCGUUUCUGUCAAGGGCACCGACUUCUCGGCUUAACUCUGGUUUACCCUCACGUGUAUUUACGGGCUGCCUUUCAACGACCCCAUAAUAUUAAACGACGUGAUGGACAGCUUCGGUUCGGACUUCUCAGCUGGCGGUACGGGCGGUAAAAUGGACACCGGCACGAUCAUGGAGCAGGUUAAAGUCCAAAUCGCGGUGGCAAACGCACAGGAGCUGCUGCAGAGAAUGACAGACAAAUGCUUCAAGAAGUGUAUAGGAAAACCUGGAAGUACACUGGACAACUCGGAGCAGAAAUGCAUUGCCAUGUGCAUGGACCGGUAUAUGGAUGCUUGGAAUACCGUUUCCCGAACGUAUAACUCCAGAUUACAGAAGGAAAGAGCUCGGAUUUAAACGUCCAUCACUUCCCUUUUGGCCUUUUUUCCCCUUCUUUCACCACUGCUCACCUGCCGAAGUCUGAGGUCACGUGAUGUGCUCGGGUUUCUCAUGGCCACAACAUUUGUUUUAAUGCGAUAAACUGAUAUUGUGGGUGAAAAGAA